AUGAAAUCGUCGUAUAAUAUUGAUGUUUUACGUGGCCGAUGUCAAAAACUUCCUGACGUCCAGUCGAAAGUCGUGCGAGUUUUUCUAAGUUCUACAUUUUCAGACACACUAUGCGAACGCGACUCUUUGAUCGAAAGUGUCUUUCCAAUACUGAAAGAUUAUUGUCGUGAAAGGUAUAGUCUCGAGUUCCAGUAUGCUGAUAUGCGAUGGGGGAUCGAAAUGGAAUCAGCUGAUAAUCAUAGCGAAGUUCAAACUUGUCUAAAUGAAAUUGAGCUGUGCAAAAAAUAUUCGGUUGCCACCAAUUUUGUGGUUUUAUUGAGUCAUCGUUAUGGUUCUCGACCAACACCAGCAAACAUUCGCGCAUCCGUCUUUGAACUAUUGCACAAGAUCGUUCGUUCGGAUCCAAAUCAGAAUGACGACGCUCAACUACUUUCACAAUCGUAUCAACUCGAUACGAAUCGAGUGCCGGCUGCCUACGUACUCCGUUCUAUUUCAUCAAUUCUACCAAAUAUAAUAUCGUCCAAUACCGAAGAGAUGAAACAAGCCGAUAAAGAAUGGAAAAAAAUUAACAAUCGAAUUCGAACAUGUCUUCGACAAGCAGCGGUCACAGAAAAAGAAAUCUUAAAAGGCAUUCUAUCGGGAUCAGAUGCAAAUCAACGUACUUUAUGCUUUUUCCGUGAAAUCGAAGAUAUACACGAUCAUUUAUCGGCUAGUAAAGUAUCAAAAUAUAUUGAUUUGCAUUAUUCGAAUGAUGGACAACCGAUAAUUGAUGAUGAAGCCGAAAAUUUACUCAAUCGUUUAAAAUACAAAAGUAUUUCAAGUGUGCUGCAGUCGAACAAUAUAUUUUCGUACAAAGUUCGUUGGAAAGCGGAUGGUAUCAAUCGAUGUGUCAAAUCUCGCGUUAUGGUCGGUUCGGAUUCAUUACAACACGAAGUGUUAGAACAUGCAAUACCAUGUAAAACAUAUGUAGCAAAAUUUCACGGUCGAACUGAUGUUCUGCAUAAAGUAAGACAUCUGAUUUGA